CUCCCUCUCUAAUUGUUUCAAAUACCAACUCUAACUCUCUGUGCCCCCGCACACAACGCUUGGAGACUUUUCCUUCAACUCAUGUCAAUGUCAGCAGGUAGACCUCUUCAGCAACAGUGAUUCAAUGGCUGGUGAGCAGUCAAGUUCCAACAACUCCUAUUCCUACCCUAAUGAGGCGGCACGGGUGAGCCAGAUGGUGGCAACUGUGCUGAUCUUCUUCAUGGGUGUGACUCUGAACGGCCUGGUGGUUUGGGUACUGGGAUUUCGUCGGGCACGACAUAGUGGUGCUGUAGGGGGCGAAACACAGGGUGCUGGAAGUUUCCGAGUAUACGUAGUGAAUUUAGCCCUGGCUGAUCUAGUGCUCCUGUUGCGUACACCUCUUAUGCUAGGCUACCUGGCACACCACUACAGCUGGCCCUUUGGUCAGACUUUGUGCCAGCUGAUCAUGUUCCUGCGCUGCCUGGGAUUGUAUGGAGGAGCCUUUUUGCUGAGCGCUGUAGCGUUGGAAAGGUGCCUGUGCUUGAUGCGGCCUGUUUGGGCUCGACUAAGGCGCCCACGCUGGGUUGUGCCCCUAGUCUGCGCUGUGCUGUGGUUGAUAGCUGCUGCCCUGUCCGUGCCCUACUUCUCAGUGAGUGGUCUUUACCCUUGGCAGAACCGGACACAGUGCGUGGAGACUGCUGGAGAAGCUACAACUGGCCUGAUUGUGCUCGAGACUGCAGUAGGUUUCCUCCUUCCAUUUGUGCUUUUCGUAUCCUGCAAUCUGGUGGUACUACUUGGUGCAAGAAGUGCUGAAAGAAGGGCGUCAACGACCACCACGUCCGUUUCCUCCCCCACCUCUCCAAACGCACCUCUUUACCCAUCACAGAAGAUGACCCGCCUGUACCGGAUUCUCUUCUUCACCAUGCUCCUGUUCCUCACCUGUUGGGUGCCCUACUUCGUUUGUCGUUUUCUGAAGGCAUUGUCUUUCAAGAGGAAAGGUUGGGAAAAUAUUCAACAGGGGGCGUUACAGGGUGCAUACGCAGCGCUGUACCUAGUUUACAUCAAAAGUGCUCUCAACCCAAUCCUGUAUGCCUUUGCUGCUCGCGGACUGCGCCGUACUGUCCGGGACUCGCUGUUCUCAACAAUUGAGCGAAUUUUUAAUGAGGAUCUGUCAGAGUCUCUGCGCAGGAAGUCCUUACGACGAAGAGACUCACAGUUCUAAGAACAUCCUGAAAGUGGACAGUACAGAAUGUUUUGCUUGCUCUCUUGAGAAUGCUUGGUUCAAAUUGAGGGAAGGGAAACUUGCUUCUGGACAGCAAGUGCAUCCAAAGACACAGCACAUGGACAGCAAUUAAGUUACUGGACUAAGUAAUACAGACAUUGAGCAGGAAAAGACCACUAUCAAAGACGACACUAUCAAGUCUUGAUAGUGUCACCUCACAUUUCUAUCAUGCUUGAUUUGCUUUCUCCAAAGAGUAAAUUAUUCAUCUUAAGAUUUCAUCACUGGUGAAUAAGGGUAUGCAAACUUCAAAAAGUCAAAGCUACCUUGCAAAUCUAUUCAAGGGAAAGCAUGUAUCUAACUACACAUUAACCAAAUUAAUAGUGAACAUGCUUGUGUAAAUAGCUAAAAACUCCUAGCUGCUGCAAUUUGUGUGUAAAAUCCUAUGUAUGAAAUGCAACUUAUGAACUAUGAACUACAUGACUGCAGAGGAGAGAAAACACAUUUAAGUUUUUUUUUCUUUCAUGUGUAGACAUGCUGCAUUAUUUUCCACCACUGUAAUUUCAUAUUUUAUUUUAGUGUGAGUGUCUGAAGCAGAAAAUGUUGAAAUCUAAACAGCCCACAGGGAUGGUAGGCAUACUUUUUUAGUAAGGGCAUUAAUGUUUGGCAACUUAAAAGCUGUUUCAGUAUUUAAGUGUCAAAUUAUUGUUAAAAGUUAAAAAAAGAAAUGGAUACAAUACAGUUACAAGUGGACAACUGUAAAAUAUUGUGUCAACUAGGACAGUCUUUUGACACAAAACAUUUUGCAUUAUUCUUGAGGCUGUGGGCUGAAGCAGACUUGACAAAGCAAUUUCAUUUGCAUGUGAAGCAGGCUGUGUAUAAAACAUGUUAUGGAAGUUAUGCCACAUUAGUCACAGCAACAUUUCCUUCUAACAGGUAGAGAAAUUAACAGACAAAAAAGUCACUCAUUUGCUUUCUUUUGUUGUUACCUCAGCAAAAGCUGAUGAACUGUAUGAUUCAAUUUCAUUGAAUCAAUGGAUCCAGGUGGCACAUUAGCUUGAAAAUUGAUGCUGUUCAAACUGUCACAAUAAUUUCAGAAAAGGAUAAGAUGCACAAUUUACUUAGGUAAAAAUCAGAGUGCACUUAUAAAAUGUGAUUUAAAUGCAAUCAUCAAACUCUGUGGUACAGUGCUCAAAGUUUUAUUUCAAAUGGUAGGUACAAGUAAAAACAUAGCAGACAAAGGAAAGAGUUAAAACUGGAUUGCAGUAAUAU